UGUGUACUUCACUUUGAAAGACGCGUGAAAGAAAAGUAGCGAUGUCGUCCGAUAAAUGUACUUUUUUUUCGUAGUAAGUGAGGUUUAGUUCAGAUUAUUUGGCGGAUAUAUAGCACGGGCAAUCGGGGCGCCUCUGCUGGCGUUCAAAACUUUGUACAUUACCGUAAAGCUAGUGGCGGACUCAUACAUCUCGUUUUUUCUUGAUAUGCGGUAUCAUUUUAAAGGAAACACCGACGUGACAAAAUUUUUAUGAGUUUCCUUUCUUUUAUUGGCAUUAAGUGCGCAUGCGCGGUGAUUCAACAACGCACAGUCGACAAUACACGCCAGUUAUAGGACAUCGAAACAUCAGGCAUGGCUGAAGAAAGCAGCAAAGAGUACACGCCUCCUGUGUUUAGUAUAAUGGACGAAGCAAACCCAAGUACAAGCCGUGACGGUACCCAGGACGCUUCAUCUACUUUGGGCGCCUGCACAACGAUUUUUGAGGACGCCUGGCGUUUCCAAGGGAAUACGGAGCCAAGGCCAAUAGCCGAUGAGACUUACAACCUCGACGGUGUCAUUGACAAUGGCAGCACUAGUUACCUGCUCCUGGGUUCCAUCAGCAGCAUCGAUCACGCAAGGCCCAGCACAAGCCGCACUGGCAUGCAGGAAGCAUCAGCCAAUUCUGAAGAUGGCACCGCGAAUGCUUCUGGAACCGGAGAAGGGGAACAGCAAGAGUUCUGCGCUGUAUCUGGCAAGGUUUCCAGCAUACAGGAUGUCUUACCCGGCCACGCCAACGGACACACGCUCGAUAAAGCCCCCAUUUCCAAAGAAUGUGAUCAAUCGUCUGUGAUGAAGUCGAACCGGAAAUGCGAAACAUGUGGCAAACUGAUAAGACGGGCUUGCAAUCUAGCUGCACAUUACCGCACGCAUACAGGCGAGAGACCAUACAAGUGCAAAAUAUGUGAUAAAUCGUUCGCGCAUAGAGAGACUCUCCAUAAUCAUCAACAAAUUCACACAGGAGUGAAACUCCACAUCUGCCAAAAAUGUACUAAACCAUUCAAAAGCAAACGGGAACUUACCAUGCAUCUCAGGUCGCAUAGUAGCGACAAGCGUUUCGUUUGCGAAAUCUGUAAUCUCUCCUUUACGCGCAACGAGAGCCUCAGAAAUCACCGCCAAAAAAUUCACGAGGGUAAAAUGCCGUAUGAGUGCAAGCAGUGCGGAUUUCGCUUCGCAAAGAAACAAGGCCUCGACGCACAUCUGUGCCAGAAUAUUACCUGCGAAUUAUGUGGAGAUUCAUUUAGAGAUCCACUUGAACUGAUUGGACACCUCGAGACACACACGGGUGGGCACUCGUAACAGUGUGACUUGUGCGCAAGUGAGGUAAAUCGCCUGUGGCUUUUGUGUAACAACGUAGGGCUGAAGCCAUGCAGGAAAACAAAGCUGGCAUUCGCCAAUAGGAGUGAGAAAAUAACUAAACGCAUCGCAGGCAGAUACCAUUUUCUUUCGACGCUUAAAAUGGCUGAGUAAAAUGCAUGAUGUAAACGAUGCCAUCUGGUAUUUUAGAAAUUACGAGACAAGACUUAUUCGCAGAAAGUAUUUGGGGUUUCUCGAGGUCCAAAGAAUGCUGCCGGUCGUGGCCAGCGUUCGUUGUUUGCAUAACUGCACGUGUUACUCGCGAACGUAGCUUUAGCAAAUUUAUUUUAAGACAAACCUAAAGCGGUGCAAGUUUGUGUUUUGCGUACCUCGAGGGAUUAAAUGUCCGCACAAGGUUCUUGAGUCCACAUUUUCUGAGAAAUUCUUAUCGCAAGCGUUUUGACAGCGGGCUAAUAGUUAAGCUCUAACGGGCCCUCUCCUACCCCAUUUUGGAGUGUGGAUACAAGGUAACAACUCUAAUUAGGAAGCAUUUAAAAAAGGCACUGUUUUCUUGUCAACUAAAAAGUAAUGUCUGCCUUAAUUAAGGUCCUUAGGCCCUGUCGCCUUCCAGACACAGCUUCACGACAGUAUGUAGACACAUUGUGAGCAUGUCAAAAUUUAUUUUCUUUAACUUUUGUUUAACGCAUUGACUAUUUUAGUUCCCUCUGUGUCUCUCGUAUUGAUACCUAAUAGCUUUGUUCUACAUUAUAAACUAAGCCGAUGAUAGUAGUGAGACUCUUUCAGGUUUAAAUUGUUUGGACCUUUACCAUAUAUUUUUCACUACCAGCAUUUUCAGUGUCGUUGUCAGUGUGUUGUAAAACUGACCUGUGUCAGUUUUAGGAGGCAGCUUUAGUUCGGGUGCUUCUAUCUAAAUACAUGCAGAAUGAGAAUUCAUUUUCCUCAGCAACCACUGCACUAACUUUGACGAGGUUUGUUGCAUUUAAAAAAAACCUUAAAAUCUAGUGGCUGUUCGUUUCGAAUUCUUGAGUUAGGUUGUGAAUUUAAAUAAAAAAUUGGCGAAAAUCUAAAAUUUUCAAAAAACGCAAUUAUCAUGUUUACAACUUUGUAACUCAUUAACGAAAAAUGAUAAUACAAUUCUGUGAAAUGCAUCAAAUAGUACAUCCAAAGCGGACAAAUUUGAUAUGUUACACGUGAAUCACAAGAAACCUAAUGAAAUGGAAAUACAGCUUUUGCAGAACCCUUUUAAAAAACGUAAUAUAUUCACGUAAGAUGUAAAACGACCUAUUGAAUUUUCCCGCUUUCAGUGAUCUAAUGGAUGCCGUUCACAGAACCGCCAUAUUUGUUCUUGAAGCAGAGCUAUGAAUUCCGAACUUCCGAAACAUUUGAAAAUUGUAACAAAAUUCAGGCCUUAAAUCGAAAUUCCGCUUCCAACAGUCACUAGAAUUUAGCUUUCUCUUGAAAAUGCAAAAAAAAAAUGUGAUAAAAUCAGUCCAGGGGUUACCUCAGAAAAAUGUUUUUGUGGUUUACAUGUAUUUGAAUAGGCUGCGUCGGAGUCGGGCCCGACCUAAAGCUUCCUCUUGAAGCAGAAUCUGAAGCCCACUCUGAAGUCGUCUCCUUUUACUUGCACUCCACUCUAGUUACAGCUGUGGAAUUUUUUAGCCUGGUGUGACAAACGUAUCCCUGCGAGCAGGAUGAUUGAGAUAGUUUUUUAGUGUUAUUAUUGACCCGCGUACUUCUAUAUAUUUUUGCAGUGAAUUGGUUUCACCGAAUAACAAAUCUUGAGUUAGAGCUCACCGCAUAAGGCACCAGUAUCUAUGAGAAUAUUCUGCAAUAUUCCCGGCGAUUUUAGAUUCUUUGCUAUCUUGUAGUUCGGCGCUUCGUCAUCAAAUUGCACGCGCAACGCGAACACUGUUGUGCACUCUGGAAGACCCGCGAGCGGCAAUGAUUAGGCUGGAAUGUUCUUCGAAAAAAAAAGUGAGAAUAGCCGAUACUCGUUAAUCGCAAAUGAUUUGUUCAACGAUCGACUCAUGUGCACAGCACUAUCUUUCUGCCCGAAUGUUACUUGUUUUGUUAGUUCCGGUUCACCCAAUAAAGUAUUUCAUGACUCACGGU